AUGGUGAAAGAUCAGUACCUCGCGGGCAAAGUUGCCAUUGUGACCGGCGCCUCCAAGAUCUCCGGGAUUGGAGCUUCGACAGCAAUUGCACUCGCAGAACAUGGUGCCAAUGUCGCUGUGCACUAUAGUUCCAAUGCCGCUGCCGCGCAGGAGGUUGUCGAGAAGAUUAAGAGUGUGGGUGUUCAAGCGAUAGCGAUUCAAGCCGACGCCUCUGCUCCGGACUUUGGUACUACUCUUGUCGCCGGGACGCUGAAGGCAUUCAACACGAACAAUAUCGACAUUCUCAUUAACAAUGCGGGCACUGCAGUCAUGCAUGAUUCUGCGGCCUCGGUUCCGGUGGAUGCCUGGGACGAUGUCUUUCGAGUGAAUGUUCGCGGGCCAUUUCUACUCAUCCAAGCAGCACUUCCAUAUAUGAAGAGUGGCGGGAGGAUUGUCAACACUUCUAGCAUUAUCGCCAAGUUGGGUUCGUCUAUGUUGCCGGUUUACGGGGCUUCGAAGGGGGCCUUGAACUCCAUGUCAAUCGCAUUGGCGGAAGAGCUAGGUCCCAAGGGAAUUACGAUAAACCUGGUUUCGCCCGGGCCAAUCCGGACUGAUCUUAGCAUGCAAGGAUCCCCGGUGGCCGCUCGACUCGAGAGAAAUCAGCAUAUCAAGAGGGAAGGAAGCACUGAGGAGGUAGCUGCGGCAAUCCUAUUCCUGUCAAGUCCCGCUAGCAGCUACAUUACCGGGCAGAAUCUUUAUGUGGAUGGAGGUAUUAACCUUUGCUGA